AUGGCGGGGAAAAGUGUCCUUGAAGACGAUCGCAAAGGAAAAGUGUUCCAGGGAACGUGUGGAUGGUCUGAUUCUUCCAUAGUUAAGUGUGGAAGGUUCUACCCGGGUUCUGUGAAAACUUCAGAGGAUCGCUUGUUGCAUUACUCCCGGUUCUUUCCAUGUGUCGAGUGCGACUCAAGUAACUAUGCAAUUCCUAGUCCAGCCGCGGUUGAAAAGUGGGUAAAGUGUGUUCCUGCAGGUUUCAAGUUUCACUUCAAGGCAUUUGGCUUUUUUACAAGAAAAGUAAGAGUUUGUUUGUGGGCAAGAUCCUUCUUAGGUCUGUGUCUAGGGCCGGCAUAUUGGGGGCUAGCUGUCUAUGCCUUUUGUUUAGGGUAUCCGGACGGGCCCUUAGUUUUACCCCAGGGGUAGGGACUCACAUGUUUAACGGAUGGGGAUGCUUGUUAUGGAAUCCAACCCUAAAAAAUGCACUUGUAAGGCAGACAGCCUUAAUAACAGCUACAGUAAUUUAAUUGCGAUAAAAUUGCCUUUGAAUGCUUCUUUAUUCCCUGUUUCUUGACUUUCUUUUAUUUAACUCUUCUGCCUCCCUAUCCCUUAAAGCACAGCCCACAGAACACUGUAAGUGAUAUCAAAAUCUGCAAUUGGCACCCCUCAACAAGAUAUUUAGCAUACCUAGACUGGGUAUGCCAGACUUAAAGAGUACCCCCCUGUGGAGACCUAACAAUUUUUUUUUUGCGAUAUCCUUACGUAACCUUUUGUGAAACCCUUAACUCUUAGAAAAAUGUAAACUUUUCUCAAAACUGCCUUAAGCAUCCAGUGUUACGCUAUAGAUUUCUUGAGAAAAUGUGUCCAGAAAAUUUUCCUUUUCUGACCCCUUCAGAAAAUCUUGUCUUUGAGAAAUUCUUUUUUUUUUCAUAUAUAGACUAUGAGUAGUCCCUCAUUUGUCCUCAGCGAUAGUAGAGUGAGCAAAACACAAGCAUGCGUGAAAAUCAUCCCUCUUGAGGAAGGCAAAACACGGUAGGGAGAGAGAUUUUUCCCUUUUACCACCGCGUGUCGCCUUUUCUCCUGUGGGGUGAUUUUCAUGCGCAUUUGCGGUUCGCUCGUUCUACUGUCCUUGAGGACAAAUGGGGGACUACUCGUAGUCUAUUUCAUAUGUCACUUCAGAAAAUGCACAAGCAGUGAUAAGGGUGUUUUAGCAGGGGGAGGGGUGUGGGGGUGGAUAUUAAUGUUGGAGUGACCCUUCCUUAUUUAAUUUUUUUUUUAGAAAUUUCAAACCAGCCAAUGAUUUUCAUUCCUCAACCUCCAUUGUUUGCUGGAACACAGCAGGUGUGACAUGCUGAACAAAACUCAAGUGAAACUCAACCAUCACCGUCCCCAUAAUUUGCAAAAUUAACUAAAAUAAUUAAUAUUCAAAAGAACAACAGUAUACAGCUACCUUCAAAGUCAUCUUUUCACAAGUCCUUCUUCUCUAGCCGUGACGAUAACAGGGCUUAAACUUAAAUUCCUCAAACACCUUCAACUCUACCCUGAUUUAAAUCAAGGUGCAUUGAACUGAUUUGUCAAUGACCAACUCUUCAUAUGCAUUUGCAUGGUAUCAAAUUCCUAUCCCAAUAUAAAAAAGUGAAGAUUUGUUGAUAGUGAACGUUCACUUAACUUUCCAACUAGUUUACAGACACUCCGGUAAAACUCCUUGCUAUUAGAAACAAGUAAUCUAAAAUUAAUAGGAUAACAGGAUUAAAAAUCACAACUGGCAGAAGGCAGCCAGUUGGCUGCUUACAAGUUUGGCCAAGGAGUUGCACUCAGUACUUAACCAAGAAACACAUCCAUCUAGUGCUUGGAGCAGGACCAUCGAUCUGGGACCAUUGGAUUACACUGCCCCCUGUUUAAACACUGUUGUUCAAUUUGCCCACCCCCUUCCCCUGGGGCAAAUGAUCAAAUCUAAUGCCCUAGGACAUGUUGAUGUUUCUUAAUUUAUUGAAUACAUUUUUUUCACUUGAUCUGACGUCUCUGAAUGAAAGAAUUAGGCUUUGUGUAAUCCACUGUUUUGAGCUGAUAAUUUAGAGAAAUCCUUGAAUCCAGUGAUUUUUGCAGACAUCCUAAUAUGCAAGACAGUGGGGGCUGGAAAAAGAAAUUGAAUUUCAGUUUUGGAGAAGUUGAGGAUAGCUCUCUCAUUUCCUUGCCCUGGGUUAUUGCUUGCUUGUCUCAGAUAAUGAUUUAAUUACAAACAGGUUCACUUGCCUGGACCCUUACUUUAAUAUUGCACAAUAUGACUGGAGCUUUAAAAGUUACUCACCUAGCAAGAAAAUCUACCUUUCCUUUAAAAGUUACUCACCUAGCAAGAAAAUCUACUUAUCCUUGAUGACCAGGCUGAACUCUUUUUCAUCCCUUUAAUGUCAAGAAGCAAAAAUAAUUUGAUUUUUUAUGAUUGAUUUUCAGUCAAUAUCUCCUUCAGCCCUUCCACAUGUGGUCAGAGAUGAGUUUCCAGAGAGCAUCACAAGGCAACAGUGCUCAAUUUUAUGGGAAGAAUUGACACAGACACAAAAGCAGAAACUAUGGGACAGAUUUAACUCUGCACUCCUCCCUGCUCAUCAGAGAAAUAAACUGGGAGUAGUGGUCUUUCAGGUAAUUACAUUUACCCAUAGCAACUAUCGUUAUUCAUUCGAAUUAUUUUUUCAUUUCUAAUUGGUUCAAAUCCAACGUGCUAAUUGUUUUCAAUAACUUGUUAGGUUGAGGUAAUGAGGUAAGCAUGUUUUUAUGAAAUAUUUUGAAUGAGUAAUAAAUUUGAUUCAGCUUUUGUAUGAUCUGAAGAAUUAUGCAGAUCUCGGAGGGAGUUAUCUGCCUUGCCCUUUGGUUGCAGCAGAUAACACCCUCCUUGAUUUGUAAAAUUCUUCAGAAUAUAUGAAAGCUGAAUUCAACAACUGCUAAUACUCCUAUAUGUCAGUAUAAAGAGAUGCACAUGCUCUUGGAGAAAUCUAGACAAGGCUUGGCAUUUUCAGUUGGAAACAAAGUUAAAAACCCCUUUAAUUGGCCACCCAAAAUGCAAAGAUUUGGUGGAGUGCGACAAACGCAGACUGCAGACUGGCAAGUAAAUGAGCCAAAACUUUGUUGUGAAAUGCUUUAGCAGAUUCCCUAUCCCUAAACUAGACUUUUAAAUGACUUAAACUUUAGGGGUAGGCAACUGUUAAAGCAUUCCACAACAAUAGUUUCCUUGUUUACUUGCCAGUCUGCAAGUCUGCAGUCUGCAUUUGUCACACACCAAAGAUUUAAUGAUAGCUUACAGGAGUUUGUCACUCAUGAAGACCACACCACAGGGAGACCACUUCAGACACAAUGACAUUUUGGGAGGCAAUUUAUUGCAUGCAAUAUGUGUAAAAAUUAUCUAUUUGAAAAUCCAUGUUGUUACUAGAAGUUCUUUGUAUAUAUUCUGAGUAGCAUAGUACAUGUAUAAAAAGAACAUUAGAGAUCAGACGAUGCAUCAGAUAUUUUGCUUAGGGAAGGUUCAAAACAUCACCCUGGGGCUUUUGUGUAAAAAUGAAAAGAUUCACUGUAAAAGUUGUAAGGGUUAUUUAUCUCUGUGUAGUAACUGUCAAGUUUUUCUAUGCGGCUCUAUAUUGUAUUGACUUCCUUGUUUCCAUUGUUUUGUAUCACUCAUAAGUGUUGAGGGUUCUUACAGUAAGAAUUACAAAGAGGCUAUUAUGACUAUAAAAACUUACAGUUUUUAUACUACUACAUGAAUAAUUUCUGCAAUUUGAUUGGCUUAGAGCAGUGGUAUUUCAGCUUAAUUUGAAAUACCUACAUGUGAAAAUUACAACCCUUUUGCGGGUAGUAGUAUAAACAAAUAAUAGUAUGAUUUGUAUGUGAUAUUAGGCAUAAAUAUUACUUGUGAUAUUUCAAAAUUGUCUCAAAUACGUAAAACAAUUUUGAAAUAUCACUCGUGGUAUUUAUGCCAAAUAUCACUACAAAUCAUGCUAUUACCUAUACGAAUUUUAUCAAAUCUACAAAAUACUAUCAUCUACAGAACUCCACCAACUGCAUUUCAAACAUUAUAAUUAAAUACUUUUUUUCAUUUACAUACACAGUAGAAAAACUUCUCGUUUUCAUUUGAUAACUAAAUUGAAAAAACAAAAUCUUUGUAGUUUCACUUAGGCUAUCAACCCACAGAAGAAAAUAAGAGGCACAUAGAAGAGUGUAGGAAAUAUCUUGAUGUUCGUUACCUCAUGGCUGUCGAGUUUCGAUCCAGGGUUUGGUUUUCAACCGAACACUUAUCUUCAACCUUGGAUUGGCUGACAAAGCAUAACCUGGGUAAGUUCGUUGAGUUUCAUUUUGCAACAAUUUGAAAAAAACUGAUCUUUUUAACUUUCUCUAUUGAAAUACUCUGUUUUUUUUCGUGCUGUACUUUCUAUAAAUGAAUUUCAACAGAAUUCUGUGUAUUUUAUCUUUUUCAAUCCCAUUAGUGACAAAACAAAAAAAUAAAAUAAAAUUAAUUUUACAAGACAAAAGUUCUGCCAAAGGACGUUAUGAAAGUUAGAAUUACAAACAGUCCAUCCUUAACAUUUUUNUAUUACCUAUACGAAUUUUAUCAAAUCUACAAAAUACUAUCAUCUACAGAACUCCACCAACUGCAUUUCAAACAUUAUAAUUAAAUACUUUUUUUCAUUUACAUACACAGUAGAAAAACUUCUCGUUUUCAUUUGAUAACUAAAUUGAAAAAACAAAAUCUUUGUAGUUUCACUUAGGCUAUCAACCCACAGAAGAAAAUAAGAGGCACAUAGAAGAGUGUAGGAAAUAUCUUGAUGUUCGUUACCUCAUGGCUGUCGAGUUUCGAUCCAGGGUUUGGUUUUCAACCGAACACUUAUCUUCAACCUUGGAUUGGCUGACAAAGCAUAACCUGGGUAAGUUCGUUGAGUUUCAUUUUGCAACAAUUUGAAAAAAACUGAUCUUUUUAACAUUCUCUAUUGAAAUACUCUGUUUUUUUUCGUGCUGUACUUUCUAUAAAUGAAUUUCAACAGAAUUCUGUGUAUUUUAUCUUUUUCAAUCCCAUUAGUGACAAAACAAAAAAAUAAAAUAAAAUUAAUUUUACAAGACAAAAGUUCUGCCAAAGGACGUUAUGAAAGUUAGAAUUACAAACAGUCCAUCCUUAACAUUUUUUUCUAGGAGCGAAUAGUCCGAAUAGGGUUAGGACAUUUUGUUCAUAAGAACACUUUGCAACUGGCUAUCACAACGACCUUGCGUUUUAAGUGUUCACUCCUCUACUUGUCUUCUGAUACCUUGGGCACCGUCCACACGUAUCCGGAUAUUUUUGGAAACGGAUAAUUUUUUCUCCGUUGUGGCCUUCCCUUCACACGUAAACGGAGUUUUCGGGGACCAAAAACGCAGGUUUUCAAAAACGGUUCCCAGAGUAGAGUUUUUUAGAUAAAACCGGCUUAUAGUGCUUAUAAUUAUCAUUUUCGUGUGGACGAACGAAAAGGGAAUUUUUUGAACACGAUGAUGCCCUACAUCAUACAGCGCAUGUUCUCUAAGGGACGGGCAAAAACGAUUCGAAUACGCUAUGUGUGGAUGCGUAUUUUACGGAAAACGGAGAAACAAAUUUCCGUUUUUUAGAAAGUCCGCGGAUAAGUGUGGACGAGGCCUUACUAAAUGUUCAGUAGAUGCUGUUUUGUGUUUCAUCAGUACCAGCGUGAUUGAUAGAGUUACUUAUCAGAAUACAAAAGCAACACUAUUUAGAGUAAAACUACUUUUAACUUUACUCAGUUUUACAUUCCUAAAUCGAAGAGAUAUACCAAUACUCUCUAUAUGUUUCCAACCUUUAUUUAGGUUUGGUUGUCGCUGACGAUCUGCAAAAUGAGGUAUGCUACUUUACUGGAAUCCUCUCAGCUUGGCAAUAGGUAGCUGACAUUUCAGUUUUAACAAACCAAUCUUGUCUUAUCAUUUUCGAUAAUCAGAUGUUUCUUUGCGUCUGCGUAUUUGGAUGCUUUUAAAAGACUGACCAACCGGUCGAUGUGAAAAUGAGAUAGCCUAUUUUGGAGGUUUUAUCUGAUCCUCUCCUAAUUUGAGAAAUUUUAAACUUGAAUCUCACAUUUGCCCUGAGUUUGCGAUGAAACUGAUUCCAAGUCUGUAAUAUCUAUAACACAUCCACAGCUGUACUUUGACAAGAACAGCGUUGGAGAUCAUCAGGGGAAGAAGGUAGGGUUGAUUUUUGUAUGGCAGAGCAAUUAAUUCAAUGUCUUUAGUUAUUUUUCAAAACUAGGCCCUGUUCAAACGUCGUCAUGUACCGAAUCUAAUCCUGAGAUCAACGUUAGAAUCAAUUGAGUCCGUCAUAUCUAAUAGCCCACGUUCGAUAUAUUAAAUUCUAACAUGACUCCGCGGCUGGAAUAAUGUCCAGUUUUUAGUAGUAGGAACGUUACGAAACUACGACGGCGACGGCGACGGAGACGGCAACGGCAACAGCAACGUCAAAAAGCAAUGGUUUUAGUUAGCAACACAACAACUCUGUACGUGCAUCACACUUUUUUUGUACAUUUCCUUGCCGUCCCUGCACGACUACGACGUGAAAAAAUGAAUUUUAAGUUGUUAUGAGGAGGGGAACGGCAAGGCGAUAAAUUCUACCAUCCCCGUCUAAACUCUGGUGCGGCCCCCUCUCUUCAGUUCCAACAUAAAUUCCCUUCUUUUAAGUAACUGGGCGACUCGGGAUAAUCGCGAAAUGGUUUGAAAGGAUGUGGAGUCUAUUUUUCAGCAAGAUUUUCAUGGACGUCGCCGUUGUCGGAUCGUAAGGUUUUUAGUUCCAAAUCCGCAGCCUCUAUAAUGUGCGCACCUCCAAGGGAGUAUUCUACGCAGUUACAAUAUAGAAAUACGUGUACAGUCUGCAUAUGCGAAAAAUUGUCAAGAGAAAUUUUUCAAGCGCGUUGGAAAAUUAGUUAGAAAUUUUUCAAGCGCGUUGGAGUUCGGUUUUAUUAUUUAUUUCCUUAAGAAUAAUGAUCGCAUCGUUUCAAUCAUGGGUUACACAAAAGCAUUUUUUUUUUCAGGAUUCAGUUUCGGGGGUGGUCCCAAUCGUCAUGGAACUUGGGUCAUGUGACUUUGCCUAUGUUCGCGUGCAUCGAAGGACAGGAAAACAUCGCGUACUGGACGAAGAAGAAAUAAAAAGGUAUGCGAGCGAAGGCUAAAUUGUUGUUCCAAUUCUUUCUACCUGCUUGAAAUUCAACUAUAUUUUUCUGUUAGUUGCGGAGUUUGAAUUACUUGGGUUCGAUUUCCGCCGCCUGCCGGGAGGAGCGCGGGCUCAUUUCCCGAACAUUCGAACCGAUAUGAUUUGCUGGUAUUACUGGUUUGCACAUGACGUCAAGGCGGCCAUGUUGGUGGUGAGGAACAAAGCAUUUCUCUUCUCUGGAACUAAACUCCAUUUUCAUGAAAAUUAUUCGAGAAAAUCUAUUCACCAUUUUCACAUAAACCAUAAUGCACCUUGCUUACCUCCUAAAAUUUUGCAUAACCAUGAAUUGUUUCCAAUUUCUCCUGGGCAUUACAUUCGUCCCAAGAGAAAUCAAAGACAAUGAUUGUGCAAAAUUUUGCUGGGUAAACAAGGUAAAUUAUGGUCUAUGUGAAAAUUUUGAAUUGUAUUGACCACCAACAUGGCCGCCUUGUCACGUGGUUACAAACCAAGAAUAAAAAUACUCUCGCUCUUUCCGAUUACAAAGAUUAUAUUUACAAUUAUCCAAUGCAAUGUUAGAAAUUUCUCCUCUUAUAACCGAACCCUUCAGCUAAAUGCGACUAACUCUAAUACGACCACAUCACCUCAGGUUUAAAUACGACAAUCCGGUAAAUGUGUUAAUGUUAGUGCAAGUACCUUGUUUUCACAAUCGGGUUAAUAACGCGACUACCGCCAACUAACUUCAAGUGGCUAAUUACAACAACCAUUUUAAACCCGAAAAAUGAGAACACAUUCGUUGCCGUAGCUAAAAGCCAAAUGCACUUUUUUUGGUCUCUUUUUACCAGCUGGGAAGAACGUUUGCGUUCGCCCGAAUUACAGGGGAAAAUACGAGGACCGAUAUAUUUCAUGUGGGGUACAGACCAUGAAGAUCAGGUGUGUUUCUUUGCAUUUUCUAUUCUUUUUUCCCGGCACUUUCUAUUAAAUGUACCUUAAAUAUAUACGUCUCCACUACAGCUCAAAAAUUACAAGCUGCAUGGACAUUAUCAUAGUUCAUCUUACCCCCAGGCCUCUCAUGAAAUAAAAAAAGUUGCUUCCACAGUUAAUGAAAAAAUAGAAAUAAAAAGUACGAUUAGGAUACUACAUGAUCUAAGUAUAAAUAUAUAUGUAUAAGUGAGAAGCAAUACCAAUUUAUAAAUGCUAUAAUAGCAAUAAUUAUUACAAUGAGCAGAAAGGGCAAUUUAGAUUACAGUUUCUUAAAAGAUGUGAGAUCUUUAACUUUAAUGACUUCUGCCGUAAAUUGUUAAGCAAUAGUACCUAAAUGAAAUAGGGGUUACAAGCUUAGACCAGAGCUCUUAGGCAAACAAACUUUUGUAGCUGUUUCCAUUUUUACCGUAACGGUUGAAAGCUUAAACGAAUUGAAAUAUUCCUCGAAUCCAUAUCUGAAGAAUCUAUAACAGUUCCCUUUGCGAACACGGUUUCCGCAGUGAGGCCACAAACUUGACGAUUUGCUGGACAAAAAAAUGAAACUACUGUCGUCCAAUUGUACAUUGAUUUUACGAAGCAGCCCGUCGUUUCCUCUAUAAGUCACUUACACCGAGGUAGAUCCAUAGAGUGCAAACAAUGAGACCAAAUUUCCGUGAUUUUGGUCAUUGGAGAGUUAAAAACCGUGAUGGUGUUACGAAAUUUUUAGAGGUCAUUCCGCUGUACUAAAGCUAUAUCAUAAGAAGCGAGUAAUCGUUUACAGAAAGACUAAACUUGUUCAAUCGUUUACCUUUUUUUACUAGCCUAUCAUCAAUUCCAAGAAUCUGACAAAAGAACUGGGUCCGUCGUUGGCUUACAACUGGAAGGAGAAAAUCUCCAACUCAGGAAUGCUGAAGUUUUGUUCAAAAGCGGUACAAGAGUCUCAAACAGAAAAAACUGCUUUGAAAAAAGAAGGUUCUGAUUCUGAAAAGGCUUCAGCGCCCGGUAAAGAGAAGGAAAGUUUGUUUCCCAAACCUGACGGUUUAGAGCAAGGAGAUAACGAUCCACCAUUAGGACAAAGGAGCUCUUCGUCGACAGUAAACAAAACAUCUUUCUCAAGUUCAGCCAGAAAACGAACCUCAAGUUCUGGCUUCAUUUCACCCAGGAAAAAACAAGCGUCUGCUUCUACGAAAGCUAAAAUUUCCACUCCCAAUAACCAGAGAAUCAUUUCAGAUUUUUUCAAAAAGUAG